GGUUGCUUUGAAAUCGUCAAUAAGCUGCUGCGUCGCUUCCGUGUUCGGGCCCGCGGUCUCCACUAACCGCCGACUAGCCGACCGUAGAGCCACGUGACUUACAUCAAAAUUCUGGACCACUGGCAGCUGCAAUCGGCAAGAGUCUUUGGAAUUCAACAGAGUGGUCUUCCCCAGCGACAGCGCGACGAUCUUUGGGCAGAAGAAUUCCCUCACCUCAAUCAAGUGAAAUUAAUAGGAGGAAGUGGUCUAAUCUUGUGAAGGCGGGACAAGUGUCCCACGACCUGCCACCAUGUCGCAAACCAUAGGGCUGACCAAACUUUCCUACUCCCGAGUCUGGCACCACGUCUCGGCCGCCGCCCCCCAUCCCACCCUUUCCACCCAACCCAAUGUCACACCUCCAUCCCUAGGCCGCCUCGCCUCAAGGAUAGCGACGAUUCUCAUGGGAAAACACAAGCCGACAUGGGACCCGUCAACAGAUUGCGGCGACUACGUGGUGGUGACCAACUGCGCUGCCCUGUAUACGACAGGCAAUAAGAAGUGGCAGAAGACGUACUACCGACACAACACGCGCCCCGGUAGCCUAAAAAGCGUCACCAUGGACGUGCUCAUCUCCAAAUUCGGCGGCGCCGAGGUGCUGCGCAAGGCUGUCAGCGGAAUGCUGCCCAAGAACCGACUGCGGGACAAGCGGCUGGCGAGGAUGAAGGCAUUCGAGGGCGACGCACAUCCGUACAAGCAGAACUUGGUCCGGUUCUCGGGCGUCAAAGUUGGGACCGAGGGUUGGGAGCAGGCCGUCAAGGCUAUCCGGGAAGCCGACACGCAGAGAUUAUAGGGAAUUAGAGGCUAAGAAGACGAAAAGGUGCACGUACGCAAGGGGCAGACCGCGGACAGGGUCUGGUUGUGUAUAUCUGACUUGUACUACAAUGUAUACAUUAGCGUGGAAAUAUCUCACGACGCUCUUGGUUCUUGAUGGCCGCAAAAUGCCAGCCACCUUAACUUACUCCUAAAUUACGAAUAUGUGGGCAUCAGAUACUAAGUUCACGCAUUCCGAGUUACCUUCUUGAGGAGGUCAGAUAACUGUGCUAGGCCAGCGCUCCUUCCAUGGUGCUGAUGUGGUUGUCAUUAGACCAGGUUGGGAUCGAGUCUCUAGGCUCUCUCAUUAGUAUCC